AACAAAAAAAAAACAGAAGAAAAUAUUCAAUUCCGGUGAAACCAGAAAUAGAAAACAAUUCAUUCAUCAAGUGGAAGAAAAACUAACCAAUUUGUCAGCAAUUUAGAAGAAAAGAACAGAAAAAAGACAUGAUGACAGAAACUGAAGAUCAAAUGGUGAUCCCAAAUCAACAACAACAACAACCAGCCACAUUGGAAACGACAAAUAAUUCCAAUAAUAUAAAACCACGAAGUGAAACGAUUGAUCUUUCGGAUACAUCAUUGUUGGUGGACAUAUCGGAUGCACUCAGUGAACGUGAUAAAGUUAAAUUCACUGUCCAUACAAAGACAACAUUACCUGAAUUUAAAAAGAAUGAAUUCUCAGUGGUUAGACAGCAUGAAGAAUUUAUUUGGUUACACAAUAGUCUGGUUGAAAAUGAAGAUUAUGCUGGUUAUAUAAUACCACCGGCACCACCACGUCCAGAUUUUGAUGCAUCACGUGAAAAAUUACAAAAACUAGGUGAAGGUGAAGGAACAAUGACCAAAGAAGAAUUCACUAAAAUGAAACAAGAAUUAGAAGCUGAAUAUUUGGCUACUUUUAAAAAAACCGUUGCAAUGCAUGAAGUUUUUCUUCAACGUUUGGCCAAUCAUCCUUGUUUUCGUAAUGAUGCUAAUUUUCGUAUAUUUUUGGAAUAUGAAAAUGACCUUAGUGUAAGAGGAAAAAAUAAAAAAGAACGAUUAGUCGGUCUAUUUUCCAACAUUCGUUCUUCAACCGAUGGUUUAGUGUUGAAUACUACGCAGAAAGAUAUUGAUGAAUUUUUCGAAGGACAACGAGUUCAGCUAUCUGAUUAUUAUAAUAAUAUUAAAAAUCAAACAAUGAAAGCUGAUACUAUGGUCAAAUCACAUAAAGCUGUGGCCGAUUCAUAUAUUAAAAUCGUAACACCAUUAGUACAGAUGGCUAACUCACCGGAAUGUACACCAACGCCUGAAUUGACAAAAUUUUAUCUACGUAUUGCCGAUGCAUUGGAAAAGCUUCGUAAAACGGAAAAUCGUGUCGCUUCGGAUGAAGAUUUAAAAUUAUCUGACCUCUAUAGAUAUUAUAUGCGCGAUACAGCAGCCGCUAAAGAGCUAUUGAAUCGUCGUCUUCGUUGUUUGGCAAAUUAUGAAACUGCUAAUCGUAAUCUGGAACGUGCACGAGCAAAAAAUCGUGAUGUACAUCAGGCUGAAAAUCAACAGCAACAAGCAUGUGAAAAAUUUGAAAACAUUUCCAAAUUGGCCAAACAAGAGCUAAAUGAUUUCAAAAAACGUCGUGUUGUUGCAUUCAGAAAGUAUCUGGUCGAAUUGACCGAAUUGGAGAUAAAACAUGCAAAGUCACAAGUUCAAUUGAUUCGAAAUUGUAUUUCAUCGCUUAACAAUGAUUUUGUGAAUGAAGAAAAUUAACAAAAUCAGAUUUAUUUUGUUAUAUUGGAGAGGGGCGAAAAAAUUACACUCAUUACAACAACAAUAAAAAAAGGAUUCUCAUCAAUUUGAAAUAAUGAUUAGUCAACAUUACCAACAAUACCAACACAACAAUGAUAUAAUUAUUCAAUUUGGAUUUGAUAAUCCAACAAUUUUUUUUUUUUUCUACAAAUCAUUAUUCUAUGAAAGAAUUUUUUCUUAUUUCUCAAUGUUCUUUUACCGGUUUUGGAAAAUAACAAUGUUGGUGGUUAUAUUAUA